UGUAUGACAAAAAAGGCUUGACUCAAAACAGCAUACCGACCACUAUUUCGAUAAAAGGAGAAUGUAGCUAGCCUGAAACCAGUUUGAUUAACUUUCGAAGAAUUUGAUAUGAAGAUGUUCUAUGGAAGAAUAGUGCUUUGGCUGUUGAUUUUAUUUGGAAAAUACCUUAUUUGCUUUGCACAGCCUGAAGAACUUGUACCCGAAGAACCAGUCGUGACCUGUCCAGCUGAUGUUACUGUAGGCACAGAUCCAGGUGAACCAUCAGAAACUGUCGGUUGGAUAGUGACAGUAACUGACAAUAUUGACACUGACUUGAUAGCUACUUGUACUCCAUCUUCUCAAUCAUCAUUUUAUGUUGGUACCACUACUGUUACUUGCACUUCAACUGACAGGAAUAAUAAUAUUGGGUCCUGCAAUUUUACUGUAAAUGUUGUAGACAAUGAGAAACCCAAUAUGGUAUGCCCUGAUGAUAUUGUAUUGGGUACAAUCAUAACUCAAAGCCUAGCGACUUGGAGUAAACCAACAGUUAAUGACAAUGUUGAUACUGGUCUUUUAACUACUUGUACUCCACCUUCUGGUACAUCAUUUAAUGUUGGUUCAACUAAAGUUACUUGUUUUGCUAUUGAUGUCGCUGGUAAUGAAGCAAACUGCACGUUUAGAGUUUAUGUCAUUGAAGAUCAUAAGAGUCCUACUUUAGUGUGUCCUGCUAAUGUUGAUGAAACUACAGAAUCAAACCAAGCUACACUUACAUGGACGGGCCCAGUAGUCGGUGACAACGUAGAUUCUGGUCUGUCAGCGUCUUGUAGUCCGUCCUCUGGCUCAUCAUUUUAUGUUGGUUCAACUAAUGUCACUUGUAAUGCCUAUGAUAUGGCUGGUAAUGAAGGCAAAUGUAUGUUCGUUGUUAAUGUCAUUGGCAUUAACAACACAUCAUCUGUACCCGGUUACCUAGUAAUAGUGGUAGUUAUUGUUUGUAUUUUCAUCCUGGUGAUGUUUUCGGCAAUGUUGUAUUGCAGAUCAUACCAUGCCCGAAAAAACGAAAGAAAUAUAAAUGAUGAUGAUGUUGAAAUACCAAAACCAAAAACAUCAAUAAAUGCACCAGGGAACAUAGAAGAAAUCUCCAUGCGGAGUGGUAAUGCAGUUUACGUAAAUGAUGCUGUAAAGAGACGGGCAAGGAUGAACAUACCUCGUUACAUUGAUGCUAAAUUACCACCACUACCACCACCACUACCAAGAAAGACAAAUCCAGAACACGAAGAUCUGCACACUUACAUUGAAAUUGAUUCAGCAUAUACUAACCCUAAAAAGUAGCUUGUAUUAGCAUAAGAGCCUCUUAUGAGGUCUGAGGUCACUCAAGUUCCAGGGCCUUAAGAAAGACCACCUCUGGACAACUAAAAAAAACCUGGAUAUUACGUUUUGGUUAUAUUAGACCUAAUAGCUGAGAUAUUGUUUGUAUUCAUAAUUUAUUUUGAGACAUGAAGUUAUACUAUAAUAAAAUAUAUUCACAAUUACUGUAGCCAGAUAUUAUAAAAUUAAUUAUCUACAACAAAAUAAAUUUCUCUUUUUAUUAUGCAAACAAAUU